AUGUCUAGCAAGAAACAAAAGAAAGUUUAAAAAGCUGCCGAAAAAGGAUAACAAAUCUCUACAAAUAGAGGAAAGCCAAGUGAUAUUGAAAAAACAAAAUUAUAAAUUCCUAAUAUAUGGACUAAUGAUUAAACGUGCUUGAGACUUAUUAAAUAUUUGAACGAUGUUGGAAGACAUAAUUGCUUGCAUUAAGCAGGUAAACCAAAUCCUGACGAUAAAUAUAAAACUAAUAAAUCAGAAAUUGAGAAUACAAGAGAAUAUUAUGAAAUAUCAGAAAGGUUUGCCGCUGAAUUGUUCGGUCAUAAAUGUGAUACAAAAAGAUGUAUAGUCUUCUUUUUCAGGCCAAGUGGAGAUGAGAAAUUCAAUAAUUUUGAUUGGAUAAAAAAAUAGAAAUUGGACUGUCAUGAUGUGCUUAUAAAACUCUCUGCUUAGUUUGCUCCUAAAUUCUUCAAAGAUUUACUCACAAUUUUAACUUCAAAUAUCUCUAUGUCAACAAUUGUUGACCUUUUUCUUUAAAAUGGAAAAACACCUUAAUCUUACUCUAGUAUAAUUUAAAAUCUAUACAUCAAACAGAUGAUCGAUACUAUGAAACAAAAACAAAGUAAAUAAUAAUUUCUAGAAAUGAAAAAAAGAGCUGAUAUGGAAUCUGAUUUUUACUCUUUUAUUUAAUCUUAAUUUGCUAAAGAUGAAUUAGAGAAAUUUAUUAAAGAAAUAAGAUAAAUUUUUAAUAGAGAAAUUGAUCAAUAUGAACCAUAAUAUUUUGAAAAUGAUAUAUAAGAAAUAGAUAACUUUCAACAAAAUUAAAAUGAAUCACUUUUCUAAGAAGAUUUGGAUUUUCAAAGAGAGUACAAUUAUUUUAUUCAAGCUCUUGAGUGA